AGAAUAGAAGAGAGAAGUGAGACGCUGAGAGUGUGAAGUGCAGAGGGAAAAGCAAAGGGAUGAUGAUGCAGAGCAAAAGGGCAGGGUGGUGGUUGCUCAGAAAGGCAAAGGCAAAGCUGAGUCUUAACACUGACCGAAACCUCUCUUCUUCUCAACACCUCAUUCUCGACAACCCCAAUCUCAAUCAGGUUUUGGUCGAAGGAAAUGGUUUCUCCAGAAUGGCCAUUCUCAAUAGACCCUCUGCUCUCAAUGCUCUCAACACCAAUAUGGCGGCUACACUGCAUAAACUUUAUAGGAGCUGGGAAGAGGACCCUGAUAUUGGUUUUGUGAUGCUCAAGGGCAGUGGCCGAGCAUUUGCAGCUGGUGGAGAUAUUGUUGCGCUUUACCAUUUGAUAAACAAAGGGAACUUGGAAGCCUGUAAAGAAUUUUUUAGAACGGCAUAUAGUUUUAUGUACCUGAUAGGUACAUAUUUGAAGCCACAUGUUGCUCUUCUGAAUGGCAUUACCAUGGGUGGUGGGGCUGGAAUUUCAAUCCCUGGGACAUUUCGAGUUGCAACAGACAAAACUAUUUUUGCUACCCCUGAAGUUCUUAUUGGAUUCCACCCUGAUGCUGCAGCAUCUUUUUACCUUUCACAUUUACCUGGUCAAUUAGGAGAAUACUUGGCUCUGACUGGGGAAAAGCUCAACGGAGUAGAGAUGGUUGCUUGUGGGCUUGCUACACACUAUUCAUCAAGUGCAAGGCUUCCUUUAAUCGAAGAACAACUGGGGAAAUUGGUUACUGAUGACCCGUCUGUCAUUGAAACUACUUUAGAACAGUAUGGUGAGAUUGUACAUCUAGACAGCAGUAGCGUACUACAAAGGAUUGAAGUUCUAGAUAAAUGCUUUUGCCAUGACACAGUUGAAGAGAUUGUUGAUGCGAUGGGGGAAGCAAAUUUCUUCUUCUCUUCCCAAGGCUCCACCCUUCCUUUUUCUGGUUCCUUUCCCAGAUUUGUUUCGAAAGGAGAGGAAAAUGCGGCAAGUGAAACAAAUGAUGCAUGGUGCAUUUCUACCCUAAAUAAACUCAAAGAAGCUUCUCCAUUGAGCUUGAAGGUUGCUUUGAGAUCUAUACGGGAAGGUAGAUUUCAGACACUUGAUCAAUGCUUGUUGCGUGAGUACCGUAUGACUUUACAAGCAAUUCAUAGGCAGAUAUCUGGGGACUUUUGUGAGGGAGUGAGGGCACGCGUGGUGGACAAGGACUUUGCACCAAAGUGGGAUCCUCCAACCUUGGAAAAGGUGUCUCAAGAUAUGGUGGAUCACUACUUCUUACCUCUGAGUGAAUCUGAACCUGAUCUAGAGCUGCCCACAAACAAUCGUGAAGCAUUUUUGUAGAUUCCCUUGGACAACUAGUGUGUUUGUUAAACUGUUCAAUUUCCGCCAAACGUGAAUCCAUCAAAUUUCUACGGUCACGGUUAAUUUCUCGAAACGUGUGUAACAGUUGUUGAAACGGUUAAACUAAGACACACACACACUAAAUAUACACCUUUAGUAUUUUGUCAGGGCAAUGGUCAAGCUUGUACCCAUUCCUAAAUCUCGAAUUCGGUGCCUCUCCAGUAACUAGAAGCACCUGGUGGACCCCACAAGAGUGUUGUGUCUUUCUUUUUCCUAUUGGUGGCUUCUAGUAAAUGAAGAAGAUCUUAAUUCCUAACUCUCAUAGUAGCUUCUAGUGGUUUUUUUUUUUUUUAUAGGUAGGAAUCAAAGAUAGUAUUUAAGGAUUUAUAACAAUCAUAUAUCCUGUUCAAUUGACUAAAUUAGAUUUUUUGGUGCUUCCGGUGGUUUCCAACAA